CAGUCCAUCAGACAGUGGCUCAUUGUGGUAUAAGAACCGAUCCGGAUCAUCCACCUCCUUUCCUUUCCCUUCAUCCAGCUCGUUACUCUCAUUCUGUCCAGUCGAUUACUCAGUCCAAGUCUCCCUUUCACUCGUUUACUGGUAUCCGCAUCUAAUCCAUAAUCUUCGGUUAUACCAGCAUUCAUCAUGAAGUUCCUUCGCACCGCUUCCGUCUUCCUCUUCUCCUCGCUCUUCGCCACCGGCUUGGCUGCUCCAGCGCCGGCUGCUGAAGUUGGGUCUGACCUUGCCAUUUCCAACAUCCAGAAACGGUGUGAUGGUUGCGAUGAGAUCGGGAACCUCGUGACUGUUGUCAAGUCCUUCACUGCUCAGAUCAGUGCGUAUCUUCGUUGGCUUGAGUCGAGGAGGCUGUUAACCCUUUUUAGACAUCACCGUAUCGGGUUACGAAGGCAUCGAGAUCUCCAAGGAAGCCAAGAAGACCAUCAUCGUCGAAAUCCAGGGUCACUGCAAGAGCAUCAUCGAGGCGAUUCUCAUCACUUGCAAGAAGAUUGCCGCAUUCGAGGCCGCCUUUAAACUCGCCAUCGAGGAUCUGAAGUUCGUUGUCUCAUGCUGCAUCGAGAUCUUCGUGGAGGUUUGCUCGACCUUCCUCCACUGU